UGAGCGACUGCAAAAACGCGUAUCGUUUCUUGUGUUUUCUUUGCAGGGCAGAGUGCAAGAUUUCAACUCCUCCGCUGUGAAAGAAGCUUUUGUGACUCGUUCGGUCCCCACCGGGGGUCGCGGGGAGCACUCCCCCAUUCUCCUCCGAGCAUGUGCGGAGCAAGUUUUGCGUGCGGCGCGCGGCUCCACCUCAGCGGGUCAAAGGAUUUGGUUUUUCUUUCCUUCGUGUCUCGGAGCGCGUGAGUCGCAGGUGUGUUCCACCCGCAGCAGUGUUCGGGUGUCUCCCCUCCGAGCGCGCACUCCUCCUCCCCGAACAUGUCUUGGUUUCUCUACACCGGCAUGGAGGUGCUGAUCGCCGUCUCGUCGGUCGUCGGCAACGUGAUGGUGGUUUGGGCCGUGCGCAUCAAGCGCUCGCUACGGGACACCACGUUUUGUUUCAUCGUCUCGCUGGCCUUGGCUGACAUUGCGGUCGGGGCUCUCGUCAUCCCGCUCGCCAUCACCAUCAGCAUCGGACCCAAGACUCACUUCUACAGCUGUCUGCUGGUCGCCUGCACCGUGCUCGUCCUCACGCAAAGUUCCAUCCUGGCCCUGCUGGCCAUCGCCAUCGACCGCUACCUGAGGGUCAAAAUACCCAUGAGCUACAAGCGAGUGGUGACCCCUCAGCGAGCCGGCUCGGCCGUGUUGCUGUGUUGGCUGGUGUCCAUCUUAGUGGGCCUCACACCUAUGUUUGGAUGGAAUAACUUACAACGUCUCCUUGACAAUGGCUCCUUUGUCAGCGACGACCUCGUGGUGGAGUGCCGCUUUGAGACAGUCAUCAGCAUGGAUUACAUGGUCUACUUCAACUUCUUUGGCUGGGUGUUGCCCCCUCUAGUCCUCAUGCUCAUCAUCUAUGUGGAGAUUUUCUACGUGAUUCAUAAACAGCUCAAUAAGAAGGUGACAGUGAGCCAUGCAGACCCCAGUCAUUACUUCGGCAAGGAGCUCAAGCUUGCCAAGUCCUUGGCUCUUGUUCUUUUACUUUUUGCUGUUAGCUGGCUUCCCCUUCACAUCCUUAACUGCAUCACACUCUUUUGCCCCAAGUGUGACAAACCACCAAGCCUCAUUUUCAUCGCCAUCCUCCUAACCCACGGCAACUCUGCUGUCAAUCCCAUCGUAUACGCUUUCCGCAUUAAGAAAUUCCGCACAGCCUUCUGGAAAAUUUGGAAUCAGUACGUCCUUUGUCGGGAUCCAGUUGGUCAGCUUCCUCAGAGAGGGAGUCAGAGAAUGCAGAAUACCGCAAGGAGGCUGAGGCACAACGACGACGAUGACGACGAUGAUGAUGUGUGACCCUUGGCAACAGACAAUUACCAUGUCUCAUUUCUCAAUCCAGUGUUUUGCACAGUAAUAUCCAGGAUUUGGGCUUAUUUUUUCAAAAGUCUAGGGAUAACAAAAUGACCUUAUUUAAAGGAUGGCAGAUGGAUGAAAACUACUGUGGAUCUAUUCCAUCCAAAACGCUCCAUAUAAGGAUAAAUUGACAAAUCAGACCGACUCAGAUGGGAAUGUGUUUGUUUAUGUCUCGACCAGCACCACAAUUUGGUGAUGUCAUAUGGGAUAAGGGGCUUACCAUCAAUGUGAAUGACUGUGUAAAGAUAUUUUAAUGAACAUGAAGUAUGAUAAUACAGUAUUGUACACUCUUUUUAGUUAGUAUACUGGUGAGCUGUAUUUAUGAACUUGAACAGCAGGAAUGCGGCACUGGCUUCAUAUAAGCAUCCAUCCAUUUCCUCACUAGGGUCGUGGGGGCUUCAGAUGUGUAAUUGAGCAAAUUUACGACAGUCGAGUAGGUGCUUUGAGAAAUUGAGAGAGACAAGGAUGAAUGAAAAAUGCAAAAAAAUGAAUGGUAAAUGAUGCAAAAGCUGUGCUCAGGGGAGAAAGACCCAAUUGCCUAUCAUUUACAUACAGUACGUCACAUGCUUUUACAGGCGUGUUGUGCAUGAGCACGUGGAGUUGAUUUGAUUAUCUUUUAUGUUGCUGAGACACAAAACACCAUCCUUGUCGCCCAAGCCUGAAACUUCAAUUUAACACUUACGUAUACUACUACGGUAUCUCUAUUGCUGUGAGAAAUACCAUGUCGCUGUCUCCCAAAAAAAUAACUUAGAUUUUAGGAGACCACUUUGUGGCUGCACUCAUCUUUUUUUCACUGAGCAGAUUGGACUCAUCUCAAUCCGUGUGAACUUGUGGAAGUAAGGGUGAUGGAAGUAUACACAGCUGAGCCCAAUGCGAUUCAUAUCCUGGCCUAAUUUGGAGAUAAAGUAAACUUCUGUUUUUUUGAAUGGGUAUCAUCCAGUUGAAAAAACAACAACAAGAAAUUGACCAAAAACUGGAAGAACUUGUGUUUGACAAUGGUUUGAAAAUAAUUCAUAUCCAUGACACUUCUGAGAAAAUACAAUAUUUUGGACCAUUCUAAAGGAUCCUGGUUACUGGAUAAUCUAGAGCCGUAUAAUCAUCUACGAAUAAUUUUGUAAUGUACAAUUAAAAAAAGAUGAAUUACGGCGUCUUACAGUUGUUGUUUGCCACUUGUGCCAUUUCCAGCUAAAGGAUACCCAUUCACUGAAUAUAAAUUCACUUUAAAUCAAUAUUGGGCCACAGUAUGAAUAAUUUUUUGUGUAACUGUGUAUUAUUGUGUUUGAAAAUUAUAUAUUUGUGGAAACAGUGGUACAUAAUGAUAUCACUCAUUAUAUCAGGGGUGUCAAACAGAUUUUUGUCUCGGGGCGGAUUAUAAUUAUGAUUUACCUCAGAGGGCCGUAAGAACAGUGAAAUGUUUAAUCACCAAAUCAUAUUAUUACCAUUACACAACAAAUUGAGGGAUAACUAGUUUUGAAAUCAGAAGACAAGGAUAACAGUUUGUUUGAGUAUUGUUUAAGUUACUGUAGAAGAAGGGUUUGGUAACAGAGAAAUGCAAUAUCUCAACAUUAUUGCUUAUUAUUAUGACAAUUUUGAAUUUGGCUACAGAUUUGAGCAAAACGUUGACGAGCAUGAUUUGCUUUCGCGGGCCACAUAAAAUGAUGCGGCGGGCCGCAUCUGGCCUCCGGGCCUUGAGUUUGACACCUAUGCACUAUAUCAUCUAAUAAUAAAGCCUUUGUAAAAAUAUACCCUCCAAUAACACUUGCCUGGUACUCUGCAGUUGAGUAAAUAAACACAAUUGGAGACUAUAUGAGGAAAGCCAUUUUUCUCCUGAUUAAACCUCAUAAGACAAAGCCACUCUCUUCUCUCUGCAGCGCUUUAUAAUUCAGUGAAAACAGUGCUUACUGUUAAAGUGUAAAAUGUUAGUUACAUUCAUGGAACAAAAUGAUCAAUUUUUCAACACAGGUUUGGAGCAGACAACAAUGUGUACAUGUGAAUAUAUAGUAAAGGGAAUUUUGU